AUGGCCUCUCUCGACGCCUUCCUCCAGACCAAUGUCACGGGACCAGUCCUCCCUGACUCCUUUGUGUCCAGCAUUCAGCAUCGUUUCACAGAAGCACAUAAGGCCUCGUCGCCGGGCCUGCGAGCCUUGCGCACAACAUGUCUCGACUACCUUGAGGUCGACGGCGUGAGUCCCUACGCGUACAUGCCCUACCCUGAGCUGUUCAGUCUGGCAAAGUACAUAAUCACCACCGUCCUGGCCGAUGCUCCGGCCGUCAUCAAGCUCGAGACGCCGGAACGGGGCGAGGUCAAGUACAGUAUGCCCUGGGCCAGGCUGCGCAUCGACACUUGGCAUUACAAGCUGCUCACCCAGCCUUCCCUCGGUCAUGGAUCCAACUUCACCAAGAGCUCUCAAUGGAGCGAUGCGCCCUCUCUGGCUGGUAAAAUCGCCGCCGGAAUCGUUGCCGUGUCUAGCCAGAUCCUUGGUGAUGACGAGGUGUGGGCCACGAGCGGUGGCGAAGACGAGUGGUCAGCAGACGACAAGGCCCUGUUUCUCGUCGAGGCAGCCAACUACUACAUCCUCCUUGGCCGCAACGACUUGACGCGUGACCUGCUCACCCGGGCAGCUAAGAUGACGCAUCUCGAGUACGCACUUUCCGGUGCCAUGGGCAAGCGCACGCGCUACCAGGAGAAGAGCACCAGUCAGAUGGUCGUCCUGGCCAGGAGCAACACCGCCCUUGAAAAGAGCAGCGAAAACGACGGAGACGACGAGGAGAACUCCAAGCCUGAUGCGCUACAGCUCAACGACGAUACUCUACUGGAGAACAUCCACUUCACCAAGGAAAAGACGGCCGAUGGGCUGGAACCCAAGGAGGAUAUUCUGCCCCCAGCCUUGGCCGAGCUGUCUCCUGACAACCAGCCCCAGCUUUCCCCCCUAGACCAGAUCAUCCUCCUGACCGAGGCUACCCUGAAGGAUGCCUUCUCCCCUGUCGACACCCUCACGUCAGAGGAGAUUAUGCCCUAUGCCGUGCGCGUCCUAGCCGACAAGUCUACCAACUGGCAGAUUUACACCCUCGCCCUGCUGGUCAGGUCGCGCAUCGAGCUGCACAGGAGCAGGACCCUCGAGCGAGGUGUGCUGCAGCUCCAGGCUGUCGCUGACCAGGUCCUUGCCGACACGACGGCCGUUGAGAAGGAUAUCAAGGAGGAGAAGGAGAAGGAUGCCGAUACCGAUGUCCCGGCCAUCCAGGUGACGCAGGCCGACCCCAGGAGUGCAGCUCCUGCCCAGGACAAGCCAACGUCAUUCCUUCCAGCACCCAAAGCCUCGGAGUCUGCCCCCGCCCACGUCCGACUGCAGUACAUUCACUCCCUGUCCACCCCGCCUCGGUGGCACCUUGAAUCGGAGCUGGCGUUCGCCUGGGUGUCGGUAGGAUCGUUGGCGUCUGCUCUGGAAAUAUUCAAACGUCUUCGUUUAUGGGCCGAGGUGGCUCUGUGUUUUGCCAGCCGUGCCGCCGUCGAGGACGAGGACGGCCGUGGUGGCGGCGGCGAGGACAAGGCACGCGGAAUCAUCCGGUGGCGCCUAUUCCAAAGGACAGGCAGCUCUGCAACCCCAGGAGAGUCCGACGCAGACAGUGAAGACGACAUCGCUGACGUGACUCAGCUCCGUGGCGAUGAUUUCUCCGGCCCCGAGCGUACCCCCGCGCCCCCUAACGCCGCCCGUCUGUGGUGCAUCCUCGGUGACAUCGAGUCGCAACCGGCGCACUACGAGCGCGCCUGGGAGGUGUCCAAUCACCGAUAUGCGCGUGCUCAGCGUUCCUUGGGAGAGCACUACGUCGCCAAGCGCGACUGGGAGCGCGCCCGUGAGGCCUACAACAAGGCCACCUCGGUCAACCGCCUCAACUCGGACAUGUGGAGCCGACUAGGCGACAUCAACCUCGGUCUGGCGUCGUUCGAGCAAGCCGCCGAGGCGUACAGCCGCGCCAUCUCUUGUGCCACAGACCUCGGCGGUGGCGAGGGAGCCAAGACGUGGAGCAACCUCGGCAGUGCUCUCUGGAGUCUAUACCUCGAAGUGAUCAAGGAGAAGUGCGAGGACCCUAUCAAGGAAGAAGCUCCACGAGAAGAGGAAGAAGAAGACGACAUGACCACGCUAAACCUAGACGACAACAAAGAAAUGACCAUCUCGCGCAAAGACCCGGCGCGUCUUCUAUCCCAGGCAUUGUCAGCCUAUAAGCGCGGGGCCUCGAUAGCACACGACAACUGGCGCAUCUGGGACAACGUGCUCACGCUGUCGGCACGCAUCAAGCCGCCCCCAGUGGCGGAAGUGGUGCUGGCCAUGCGCCACAUCCUCCGCAUCCGAGCGACGGAAGAUGCCAUAGACACGGACGUGCUCUCGGUGCUGGUGCGGGAUGUCGUGUUAGCCAAGGAUCUGCCGUCCACCCUGGACAAGAACGACGUUCUGCCGCGCGGAUCGCCAGAACGCCUCGUAGUGAGGAUGGUAGAAGAGGACGUAGUCCCGCUCAUCACCCGCCGCUCCGACCUGUGGAGCCUGGUCUCCCGCGUGAGGGCCUGGACGCGCGACUACGCCGGUGCCAUUGACGCGGCGGAGCGGGCGUGGCGCGCAGCGAUGGGGUCAUCGUCCGGUGGACUGAGCGCCGCCUCGUCCGGUGCUGACGGUGUCGACUGGACCACCGACAAGGAGGCGUGGGCGGUCGUGGUGGACAGGACAGACGAGCUGGCCUCCAUGCUGGAGAAUUGGGGUUCGGAUGUCGAAGCCAUAGGACCGAAGUGGAAGGGUAGGGUGCGCAGCGCGGUCAGGAGCGUGCUCGGUAGAGCAAAGGAGUCGUGGGAGGGGACGUCCGGGUGGGUUAGGCUUCAGGGCAUCAUGGACGGGCUCAAGACUUGA